CCCAGUUUGUGCUUCUCCACAGGACUCCCGCCUAGCUGCAGAGAUUCAAGAACAACAAAUUCUGCUGAAAACCUAUGGGGUUAUGGUUAAGAAAUUCCAAUCUGAAAUCCAGAAUAAGGAUUCUGAAAUCCUUCAGCUUCAGCAGCAUAUUGAGGAGGCAAAACAGAAGCAAGCAAAGUUAGAAAAGAAUCUAAAGCUCAGGGGCAUGUCUACCAAAGAAUCAGAAGGUUCCGCUGAUGAAAAUGGUUUUCCGCCUGUGGAUCUAACUUCCGAUCUCUUCACAUCAGUUGUUGAAGCUGCAUACAAAGCUAUUCAUGAUUUUUCUAAGCCGCUGAUUAACAUGAUGAAGGCAGCUGGGUGGGACCUUGAUGCAGCAGCCAAUUCUAUUGAACCCAAUGUUGUUUAUGCAAAGAGAGCUCACAAGAAGUAUGCCUUUGAGUCCCAUAUUUGCCAAAGAAUGUUCAGUGGCUUUCAGCAGGAAAGCUUCUCCCUUAACUUAGACAAUCUUACAGUCACUAAGGAGAGCUUCUUCCACCAAUUUCUUACCCUACGGGACAUGGAUCCAUUGGACAUGCUUGGCCAAAAUCCAGAUUCUGUUUUUGGGAGAUUUUGUAGGAGCAAGUACCUGGUAGUGGUUCACCCAAAAAUGGAGACUUCGUUUUUCGGGAAUUUAGAUCAACGAAAUUAUGUAAUGGGUGGGGGCCAUCCAAGGACUCCUUUUUACCAGGCUUUUCUAAAACUGGCCAAGUCAAUAUGGCUUUUGCAUAGGUUGGCUCAUUCUUUUGAUCCUCGUGUUGAGGUCUUUCAGGUCAAGAGGGGGAGUGAGUUCUCGGAGGUUUAUAUGGACAGUGUGGUGAAGAAUUUAAUAAUGGAUGAAAGUGAUCAAAAGCCUAAGGUUGGUCUCAUGGUUAUGCCUGGUUUCUGGAUUGGAGGCAGUGUGAUUCAAAGUCGGGUUUAUCUCUCUGGCAUGAAGGUUGCCGAAUGACGGGCCAGAUCCGUGCCAAUCAAUGUUCAUAUGGGUAUGCAGUGUGUUUUUAUACAGUCUGUUGCUUUCAUAAUAUAUUGUUGUUGUUGUGGUUUUUCCUUUGUAUAAUUGUAAGAUGAAAUGAGCUAUUAAACACUUACUCAAAUGAUCGAUCUCUCUCUCUCUCUCUCUUGGUGCUGUUGCAAGUGCUUGUGUAAUAACUGAUACGCACAUAUGUUCUUACUGUUUGUUAGAAACUGAGUGUAUAAAAAA